CCUAUCCGGCGGGAGCCUACUCAGGGCUAAGCGAAAUGUUUUUGACUAAUGGCCCGGGAGGUAACAAUCUGGGGGCAUAUGGAAACGGUAACAUCGGCUACAACGGGACUAAUUAUGGAGAAGGAAGGGUCGGGGCGCACGCAAAUGGAGGUGCGAUGGGCGGUGGAGAGGGCUAUAGUGCCGGUGGAAAUGGUGGAGGUGGGCUUGGCGGUGGUGGUGUGUGCUUUAAUUGUGGAAAGCCAGGGCAUUUUGCGCGGGAUUGUUGGGCAUGGCUCGGAAAACCGUACCAACACAACCAAGGGGAUCCGGAAUUGGAAGAAAUCAAGGAAUAUCAUCGACAAGCGAUGAGAGAACGCAUCGAGCAAAAGGAAAAGAAGAGGAUCGAGGAGGAGAAAAAAGCGAAGGAGGAGGAGGAGAAUCGCAGAAAUCAAGAUUUCGCACGGAAGAUGGAGGAAUUCAAACUACAGCUGCGAGUCGACUUGAAUGAAGAAUGGCGUAAGAAGAAUCUAGAAGCGGAGAGAGCCACGUUGGAAGCUAAGAAGAAGACGGUGACGCGGAGACUGAAUCAAGGUUCGCGCUCCAAGAAGAGCAACGGUAAGGGGAGAAGGACGCGGUUCACUGAACUGUCGAAUGAACUCGUACCUAGAUUUGUGCGGAAUGCCAAAAAUAUCACGAAGCCGGGACGUGGGGUACAUAGUGAAGCAGUGCUGCAGGCAAUCCUGGACGCCACUAAGCAUCAAAAGGGACGGGUGAGCCGGCCGGAACUGCUACCGGGAACCUUUCGAUGUGAAAAGCACAGGUCACUGGCUUGGACGGAUGAAGCAAAAAGAGAUUGGGGGAAGAGGUUUGCUGGGCAGGUAUUGACACAGGUCGACAGGAAUAGCGGGGACACAACGGUUUUCUGCCCGGUCCUGUACAGACAUGGUUUCGGGAAACUGUUCACGUGGAAUACGAACUACAUCACUGUCGGGAGGGCGAAAGAGGAGGCGGAGCUGAUGAAGAAGUACAGGGAGGAUUUUCGGGAAUGCGGGCUGGAGAGCAUCGGGGAGUGGAAGCCUAACGGCAGGCUAGGCACGGCCUACGUUAUCCCGAAGCACAAGGAUCUGGAAAGAUGGAGGCCUAUCGCCCCAGCCUCUUCCGAUCCGGCGGCUCUGGCAAAGAAAAGGGUGGCUAGAGCGCUGCAUACGCUGCUAUGUCGGUUACCGGUACACGAAUCAUUCUACCUGAACUCAAUCUCGAAGCUGUCAGAGAGGCUAGGAGCAACAACAGUGAGGUUGAAGGCUAGCGGCUGCACCAAGGUGGAAGGACGCUGCUACAACAUUAAGGAGAUGUUCUUCCGUAUUCCUCAUUCGGAGGUGGUCCACUCGGUGGAAAGCUUGCUGAAGAGAUACAUCGACAAGGGAUGGAGGUAUGUGAAGGUGUCAUUUCAUGGGAAAGCGUGUGUGAUCAGUGAAACGAAGAAGAGGCUGGACGGAUAUGUGAGCAUUAGCCUUCCAGCGCUACUCAAGGCUGUACACUACGAUUUGCAGCAUUCAUCUAUCAGGUGUGGCGGCAAAUUGAUGCAGAAAGUAUUUGGAAUCCCAAUGGGGAAGUCCACUAGUCCCAUCCUUACCUCCAUCACGUGCGCGAUGUCAGAGAGAAAGUUGCUUGGUUCACUGGGGUCGGACAGGAAGCUGGUCGGAGGUUGGAGGAUCAUGGACGACAUCUUCGUGAUUGUGGGCAGCUCAGAUACAUCCGGACGCUGCCCUGAAGAUAUUUUUAGAGCUUUUGAGGAGUGUUACGACACUAAAUUGGAGAUCGUUCGCAAGGACGACUGCGGAGUUACCUGGUCGUUCGUGGGCGGGACAUUUUUCAUCGGGAACAAGCCGCUGCAGCAGCAUUUUGUCCCUAACGGUAAGAACACAGAUGCACUGUACGAGAAGGGCAAGAUGGUUUUUCAGACCAUGCAGGACUAUAGCUCGUACUCGGACAAAGCAGUGAAGAAAACAGUGUGGGCUGCGACUCUCAGGAGAUUGUGGGAUCAUACCAUGUGUAAGAAGCUGGUGCUGGGCGCAAUUGCCCUUGCUGUAUGUGAAGCAGACCUCCGGGGAUACGCUCCGGAGGUCUCUCUCGGUGCCCUGGCCAAAUUGGCCAAGACUGCGCGCAAUGAGUAUGUGGACAAGAUGCUGGCCAUCUUCAGGUGUGCUGCUGCACUCGGGAGAUAAUAGCCGGAGAAAGAAAAGACAAAAUUUUGUUGCUAGACGACUAGCUAGGAUCCGGGGCACUCUCCCCGGUAAUGUUUUGGCUUAGUAUGAGCACGGAUUCGCAGCGGAGGUCGGAAUUCAAAAGGGAAAGCAAGCCCAGCUAGUGGGCAAUAGAUUCGGUCCUUGUUUUUUCGAGUACCCGGUGGUAGGCCGGGGAACCCUGUCUUCUAAGGUUUUAAGUUUUUCCCCUCAUUCUGAAUUGAACCAGUUUUCAGGUUAGGUGUGGUCAUUUUGGGAAAAGGGAUUGGACGAUAGUACCUUGAACCAUCGUUUCGUAGGAGUUCGUAGUGCCGGACUUUCAGUUGACUAUGUUUAGAUCUUGAUGACUUUUCAAAAAUGAACGACUAUGCCCUCG